AGAAGCAGCGAAGCAAAGAGCUCCGGCGAGAUAAUGCAGCCGAUCGCCGCCGCCCAGCACCACCUUCCGGCGAAGGACCCCCGUCUCAACCUCUACGGCCCUAUCCUCCUCCUUCUCGCCGCCAUCCUCCUCCUCCUCUCCCUCUCCUUCUCCUCCUCCCCUUCUCCCUCUCCAUCCCGAUCCAAUCCUCUCCCAAUCUCCUCCUCUCCUCCUCCCCCUUCCUUGGCCUACCUCCUCUCCGGCUCCGACGGUGACGCAUCCCGUCUCCUUCGCCUUCUCCACGCCGUAUACCACCCCAGGAACCUCUACGUCCUCCACCUCGACCUCGCCGCUUCGCGGGACCAGCGCCUUCGCCUUGCUCGCUCCGUUCAAUCCGUCCCCACCUUUCGCCGUCAUGGCAAUGUCCAUGUCAUUGGCCGCCCUGGCCGCGCUGAUCCCCGUGGUUCCUCCACUAUCGCUGUCGUCCUUCACGGCGCCGCGCUUCUCCUCCGGAUCUCGGAUGGGUGGAGCUGGUUUCUCAAUCUUCAUGCCUCUGACUACCCUCUCGUCUCUCAGGAUGAUCUUCUUCAUGUUUUCUCUGUCCUGCCGGAAGAUCUAAAUUUUGUUCAGCACACCAGUAACCUUACUUGGCGAGAAACUCAUCGAUUGAAGCCAAUUAUUGUGGAUCCUGGUCUUCAUCUUUCAUCAAAGGCGGAUGUGUUUUAUACUUCAGAGAAGCGGCAGUUACCAAAUGCCUUCAGAGUAUUCACAGGUUCCGCAUCAGUAAUUCUCAGUCGAAAAUUUAUAGAGCACUGCAUCUUGGGUACUGAUAAUUUGCCGAGAACCCUUCUUAUGUACUAUGCAAACACACCUUCAUCACACAGGAACUAUUUCCAGACGGUCCUCUGCAACUCCCCUGCAUUCAACAGGACGAUUGUGAACCACCACCUACAUUAUGAAAUAUGGGAUACACCGCCGAAAAGGGACCCGAGGAUGUUGAACUUGAAAGACUAUGAGAAUAUGACACAGAGUGGUGCAGCCUUUGCCACACAAAUUCCAAAAGAUGAUCCGGUUCUCAAACGAAUUGAUGAGGAGGUUCUAAAUCGUGCACCCGGUCGGAUAACACCGGGAGGCUGGUGUUUAGGUAUUGGUGACACUGAUCCAUGCUCGGUUUCAGGAAAUUCAGAUAUCGUGAGACCCAGUUUAAGAGCGGUGAACCUUACGAAAACUAUUGAAGUUCUACUUUCUGAUGGAAAAUUUCUUUCUAAUCAAUGUAUAUGGGAAUGAUAUGUUUACACUGGAUACAUCCACUCUGAUCAAAUUUUGGUUAUCUUAUUCUUGUAACUUUUUGUAGCUAAUUUCAAUAAAUUGUAUUGUGUGUGUUUGAUGUUACGGUUACUU